GUCCUCUCAAAAAGAGGGUUAUGUUUGAUAAAACUCCAAGGCAAACAAAAUAUAUUUAAAUAUUUAUAUUUUCAAUUGGUGCAUGUGUUGAUUUAAUAUUCUUAAACAUUAAUAUUGCUAUAUUUCACCGUUCACAAUGCAAGCUAAUACAAUACAAAGCAACAGCGACUUUCCCCCUGAACUGUGCGUGAAACCUCUUGCUCCAGUGGGCAUAUCAGGCCUAGAUGUGAUCAAUAAUGCCAUACAUAAAUCUGUUUGGGAGAUAUUCAGUAAUAACAGAAGGAAUGAACAUUCACCGGUGCUAUUUAAGCUGAUCGCUAAUGAUCAUGAGUUCCCAAUCAUCAAACCGAAGCGCAACUCGUAUGACUGGUACAUUCCUAAAGGAAUACUGAAAAGGAACUGGAUGCAUAAACACCUGUAUGAAAUACCAGCCGUAAUGGUGAUUUUUUACGAUUUAGAUUGGAGUGAUUUGCAGUGGAAUGAAAAAAUGAUUGAAUGUGCAUCGAGGGUCCAAUCCAUGAGAGCAGCUUUGGAAGGUCGAGCCACAAGAAUUGUGGUUGUUCUGAUACAAACAACUUUGCCAUUACCAGCUGGAGAAGAUACUUUGGCUGCUGAAAGAGCUGUAGCUCUUUGCGCUAGCUGUGAAUUGAAUUCACAGUCUUUAUUUGUGUUACCACACGGAGAUCAUUUACAGGGAUAUGCAACAAGGUUAGAAAACGCCUUCUACGAAUUUGCUCAGACAUAUUAUCAUAAUGAAGCGAAAACAGUUAAAUCGCACAAGGAACAUUUGAACAAGAAUUCCCAUCAGUAUUUGUAUGUUCGGCAUCAAUUCAAAUUGGGGUUUUUGAAUGAGCUGAAGCAAGAUAUUCACACUGCGUACAAGCACUACAACCACGCAUAUGAAAACCUGUUAGAAAUACGAAUAGUGGACACGAACUCGCUCGAGAUCCGCACCAUUGCCGGUUUCAUCAACUACAAAAUAUGCCGGCUUCUGUUUCUUCUAAAUCUAGCGAGGGAUGCUAUUUCAACGUUUAAAUCUCACAUCGAUCGAUUCAGAAGCAGGAUAGGGUUUCAGGAAUUGGCGUUUGAACAUUAUGCUUGGCUUUCCAAACAGUAUGCUGUUUUUGGAGAUACAUUUGACGAGGCAGUUAAACUGGGUCUUCCGGCUGUUCAAACGCAACAUCCUGGAAUCUAUUAUCAGCAAGCAGCUCAACAGGCCAUACUGCGAAAGAAAGCGUGCAAAGAAUUGUGUUCGACCGUAAUCGCAUAUCCAAGCCCCGAUCCUCUAGAAGGAGUAAGUAGCAUGGAAUUCUAUGGUCAGCGACCUUGGAGACCAGGAAAAGUUACAUCGGAACCGCCUGAUCCUCACUUGGAGGCAAGGGGCAUUCAAGCUGUACAGUAUUUGGAAAAACAGGUGAACCAUUCGAAUAUAAUCAUCCAGCUUUACGGCUUGGCCAUCUCGCAGUAUAAAACGUACAAAUGUCCGAGGACCAGACGACACCUUGUCCUAGAAAUGGCAGAUGAGUGCUACGAUUCGAAAGAUUAUGGCAAAGCUUUGACCUUAUAUACUCACAUGUUAUGGGAUUUUCGAAAAGAGAAAUGGUGGGGAAUUUCGUCGCAAGUCUUAGAAAAGGCACUGAUAUGCGCGUUCUUAACGGCCAACGUUCAGGAUUAUAUUCAGUUAGCGCUGGAGAUACUCGGAGUAAAUACUACUACAAGUUUGGAUGAUAAACGGAGAAUUUAUGAGAAUCUAAAAAAGAUAUUGAAGAAACAAAUUCCGUAUGGGCAUCCGAAGUUACAGCAAGAUGUCCUUCAAAAUGCGAUUAUAAUAUGGCAGCCAGCUUUCACGGCAAAUCCACUCCAUUUCUCGUUGGAUAUGGCGAACAUUACGGCUUGCAUCGAAACUAGAGCUAGGUUUUUGAAAAAUGUAUAUGAGGUGGAUCAAAAUGUUACUGUAGAAAUCUACAUAAGAAGUACCUGUCCUUUUCCCCUGAGUUUUGCCAAGAUUUCCGUAACCAUCAAUGCCCCAAACUGUAACUCGGAGUUUGCAGUAACGAAUGUUGACAAUAUCGCCUUGAGUUUUCAUAAGGACGAAGUGAAAAAGUUUAUCAUCGAAUUUAUGCCGGAUCCUCAUGACAUUAAUAAAGAAAUACAGAUUGACUCUAUCAACAUUCAACUGGGAAAUUCGACGGAAUGCAGCGUAGACCUCAGGUACUCGUCUUACGAUGAGUCUUCGAAAAAUCAUCCAGAAUUGUUACACUUCAAACGUAGUCACAACGGAAUCGACUUCGACAACGUAAGGCCGUUAUCCACCGCAACAAUCGUGCCUCGAGAGUCGAAGCUGAACAUAUCGUUCGAUCACAGAUGGCCAGCUUUGGUCGGCGAAUGGUACCAAAUAGUCAUUAAUAUUAUAAACGAGGAAUUGUUCGGGAUAAGAGAUUUGAAAAUCGAAGUCGCUCUGGAUGAAGAAAGCUCGGAAACGGAACUGUCGUUGCAGCCAACGUCAGCGUGCAAACAACCGCUGCUGGUCAACAGUCCGAAAAAUUUGGAUUUCAACGGGAAAGUAAGCACGCAUUUCUUCGUCAGAGUGCACAAGGCGUGUAAAUGCCAUGUCACCGUGAGGGUGACGUACACGUUAGAUAGCCAGAAGGCUGUGCUCAGCAUAAAGACUGGAGUUAUUCCGUUGACCGUAGUAGAGCCGUUCGAGGUGUCGACCAAGUAUCUCUCGAUGCUUAUGAGUGAAAUUGACAGGUUUUAUGUUGACGAGGAGUUUGGAGUUAUGAAUUAUAUAAGAUUUUGUUCGCCGUGGACGAUAUGCGUCGAAGAUACUUUAUUAGAGUUUAAUGCGUUGCAGGUUCCUCCAGGAAAAUCCGCGGAAAACUCAAUCGCUAGUCAAAUAGCAGGCAGAUCUUUCAAUGGUGAAGAAAUAAGUGCUGAACUGCACAUAGCAACGUGCCAGAAAAGUACAGAUCAAGGCUCAAAUCUUGGAAAAUACUCCAUCAAAUGGAAAAGAGAAAAUGGCAUAAGUACAACAACAGAAAUAGCUAUUCAAGGUUUACCAUGCUAUUUCAUGCCAAUCGGUUUGAAAUUGUCUGCUCCUGCUCACGGCUUUGUCAGAACGCCUAUGCUGUUACGAUACCACGUGCAAAACAGAUCACAACAUUUGAUACAACUUGAUGUCGUCAUGCAGGCGACCGAAGCCUUUAUGUUUUCUGGAUACAAGCAGUUUGUAGUGUCGAUUCUGCCAAAUUCGACGAGGACAUUACAGUACAACUUAUAUCCACUAAUAGCUGGCAGUGUUGCAUUGCCAGAAUUAAUAAUGAGUUGUAACGCAGAUAACGAUUCCCUGGGCAUAAACAAGGAUCAAUUGAAUGCGCUUAUUCAUCGGUCUCUACCUACACAUAUUUAUGUAAUGCCACAAGUAAAAGGGGAUCCGAAAUUACCGGACAUCGUAGCUAACCAGAAGAUAGCAGUUACUAGUUAGAAAUACUCGGCAAUAACAUAAUGGGAGAAUAUUCAUUUAAGGGAAAAUGUGCACUUGAAAUGUCGACUUUUUGGAAAAUUGUCGUUGGAAUCGGGAUAAACACACUACACAUAUUUCAGCAAAAAUAGAUUAAUGUAAUCGGUUUGUGCUUCUAAAUGCAAGACGCCAAAAUAUUUAAUCCGAUCAAUAUGUAUUCGGAAUGCUCUGUUAGAAAUGAUUUGAGCGUUUUUCCGUACAUUCAAUGAGACGGAAAGCGAUCGCAUAUUUUCAGUAACGAUUUCAAUAUAUCUUGAAAAUUCUCUGAACCGUAGACACAUUUCAUGUGAUAAAGCAGCAGUUGUUCAAUAUACGUGUUAUUUAUGUUGAAUAUAUUUUAUAUAAUAAAAAGUUUAUACAUUUAGGAA